GCCCCGGGCCGCACUAUGGCCGCGCCCUGUCCGGAGGACCCCUCACUGGAGAGGCAUUUUAAGGGCCACCGAGAUGGAGUUACCUGUGUGGACUUCAAUCUCAACACGAAGCAGCUGGCCAGCGGCUCCAUGGACUCGUGCCUCAUGGUCUGGCACAUGAAGCCCCAGUCGCGGGCCUACCGCUUCGCGGGCCACAAGGACGCCAUCACCUCCGUGAACUUCUCCCCUUCGGGACACCUGCUUGCCUCAGGUUCUCGGGACAAGACCGUCCGCAUCUGGGUACCCAAUGUCAAAGGCGAGUCGACCGUGUUUCGUGCGCACACGGCCACUGUGAGGAGUGUCCAUUUCUGCAGCGAUGGCCAGUCCCUCGUGACGGCCUCCGAUGACAAGACAGUCAAGGUGUGGUCGACUCAUCGCCAGAAAUUCCUGUUCUCCCUGAGCCAGCACAUCAACUGGGUCCGCUGUGCCAGGUUCUCCCCUGACGGGAGGCUCAUCGUGUCCGCCAGUGAUGACAAGACUGUCAAGCUGUGGGACAAGACCAGCCGCGAGUGUGUCCACUCCUACUGCGAGCACGGCGGCUUUGUCACCUAUGUGGACUUCCACCCCAGCGGCACGUGCAUCGCUGCUGCCGGCAUGGACAACACGGUGAAGCUGUGGGACGUGCGGACGCACCGGCUGCUGCAGCACUACCAGCUGCACAGCGCGGCGGUGAACGCCCUCUCCUUCCACCCCUCGGGGAACUACCUGGCCACGGCCUCCAGCGACUCAACCCUGAAGAUCCUGGACCUGAUGGAGGGCCGGCUGCUCUACACGCUGCACGGACACCAGGGUCCCGCCACCACCGUUGCCUUCUCGAGAACGGGAGAGUACUUCGCCUCUGGAGGCUCGGACGAACAAGUGAUGGUCUGGAAGAGUAACUUCGAUGUCGCGGAUUACGGAGACGCCACAAGAGUGCAGAGGCCCCCAGCCACGCCGGCCAGCUCCUCCAGGCACCUGCCAGAAGCGGACUUCCCCGUCCCCCUGGGCGGAGGCAGGAGCCGGGCGGAGGCGCAGAGCCCGCCGCCGCCGGAGCCCAGCAGCGUGCCCCAGACGCUGACCAGCACGCUGGAGCACAUCGUGGGCCAGCUGGACGUCCUCACCCAGACAGUCUCCAUCCUGGAGCAGCGGCUGACGCUGACGGAGGACAAGCUGAAGCAGUGCCUGGAGACCCAGCAGCUAAUCAUGCAGAGGACGACACCGUGA